AAGAAAGGUCGUUAUCGUCGUUCGUUCUCGUUUCCCUCUGCAUUCCGUCCCUAUUCCAAGUCGCGCAUUUCCAGCUCGAUUUCCUCGCGGAAAUGGACUCACCAGGAUGAAAUCGAAGAUGACGGUGACGGUGGGCCCCGUGACGGUGGACCUCGUGGCAGCGUUGUCACUGGUGUGCCUGCUCCCCCUCGCGAGCGGGUGGGACCGGCUGACGGUGGCGAACGGCGGGUUCGACGGCGUCGUCGUCGCCAUUCAUCCGGACCUAGAUCCCGGCCUGUGCGAUCUCAAGGUCGAGAUCGAGCGGGCCAUCCGAGACGGGAGCACGGCGCUUCAGAACGCAACGGACGGGAUCCUGCACUUCAAGACCGUGUACGUGGUCGUGCCCCGAAGCUGGACGGACUGCGCCACGGACAUGGAGCUGCCGUCGAGUUUCGCGUCCGCAGACGUGAGGAUCGUGGGCGAGGCCCAUCCGCUCUACGGGAACGACCCGUGGACCUUCCAGUACGGACCCUGCGGGACGCCGGGGAGGUUCAUCCAGUUCACCGCCGAGUACUUCCAGCCCUCCUCGGACGGUUCGUAUGGACCCAGAGGCAAGACGUUCGCCCGGGAGUGGCUGAAGUACCGGUACGGCGUGUUCGACGAACUGGGCUACCCCAACGACCCCCUCUACCCCGCAUUCUACGGCUCGCCCGACGGACCCUCGUACCCCCUCGGGAAGCCCACCGGCUGCUCCGAUGUCCCGAUCCCCGGGAACACUACGACGAGUACCGAUGGGACCAAAAGCGUUUUCGUUCCAGAUCUUCUGAGUUCCAGUGCUUCUGAGUCUCUUCUCUAUAUGGAUUUCCUGCCGAAGGUGAAAGGGCUGUGCACUCACAACGACGGGAUCGCUCCCACGAAGCAGAACGUCUUAUGCGGAUACAGAUCCGCCCGCGACGUCGUCAUGAGCCACAACGACACGAACUUUCCUAGCAACCAACCGAUCCAGCCCGACAUCAAAUGGGCAAGAGAAUCACCUCGACAUCUGAUCUUCGUCCUCCAGAGAUACGGGAUCGUAAAGGACACGUACUUCGCACUGAGGGCCGCCCUCUACAAUAUCCUGGACCUGAUGAAACGAUAUCAAGUCGAACUGAGGACCUCCGUCGUACUACUGGCCCCAUCCGGCGCCCCGGACGAUAACAACCCUCAGCUCCAGGACGUUUCCGACAUCAACUUGAAUGAUGAACGAUACAUACCGUCGCAGAGCCAUUCGUUAGGCGAAGUUUGCUUCCAAUGCGCCGAGGAGAAGGCCAUGAACGUGAAAGGGCUGUGCACUCACAACGACGGGAUCGCUCCCACGAAGCAGAACGUCUUAUGCGGAUACAGAUCCGCCCGCGACGUCGUCAUGAGCCACAACGACACGAACUUUCCUAGCAACCAACCGAUCCAGCCCGACAUCAAAUGGGCAAGAGAAUCACCUCGACAUCUGAUCUUCGUCCUCCAGAGAUACGGGAUCGUAAAGGACACGUACUUCGCACUGAGGGCCGCCCUCUACAAUAUCCUGGACCUGAUGAAACGAUAUCAAGUCGAACUGAGGACCUCCGUCGUACUACUGGCCCCAUCCGACGCCCCGGACGAUAACAACCCUCAGCUCCAGGACGUUUCCGACAUCAACUUGAAUGAUGAACGAUACAUACCGUCGCAGGGCUAUUCGUUUGGCGAAGUUUGCUUCCAAUGCGCCGAGGAGAAGGCCAUGAACAUCCUGCCUCCCGAACUCCUGGAUUAUAGCGAACUACUGAUCCUAACAAACAAAGCGAAUCCAGACCCAGGCGACAGCCUGGAGAAUGCUCACCUCAGGUACCACUUCAUUCACGUCGGGGAGAAGGUCGAAGGAGGGGAGUUCGAACAGCUCGCGCUGGAUUCUGGAGGGACGUAUCAGGACGUCUCCCUCGGUGAAGGCCCAUCCCAGAAUGUCGUCCACUUCGUUGACGCCCUGAGGAUCGUCUUUCCCUCCCUUCUCUCCUGGAAGGUCAGCGAACAGACGUUCCUUUUAAAUGGCGAUAAUGCGCCUCCCCAGCGUUUUGACUUUACGGUCCCGAAAGACCUGAAUUCACCGAAAAUCCUGGCCCGAAUCUACCUAAACUCGCACGAGGGCCAAAUCCUCACAUUCAAAGCCCCAGACACGGACAACUUCAAAAACUACACCGCUGAGGACUUCAAAAAUGGGAAUGUCAUCACGACUACACUCGAUAAUAAGGCUGGGAAUUGGACGCUGGCGAUCAGCAAUUACGAAUCAGGCGAGCAAAUUUUUGUUCUGGAGAUUCUCCUUCCUCUGGACGCAACUGUGUCGGCGCAACGAUUGGGGAAAGACGACCUGGAGUUUCACCUCUGGACUUCCUGGGAUCGUCUGCCGUCGACCGGUUUGCAAGAAGCAGAGAAGUUAUACCCGGAUGAUCCCUUGAUCAUUUACGCUUACCUAAAAUACGGAGAAAGCCCUGUCGUUUCCUCCUGUAAAGACCCAAACGUUAAGGCGAUCGAACUCACGGUGGAAUCCCGAGACAUGUCCCAGGAAGGAGGAUUCCAAAUGAAGGAGAGCCUCUUCAUGCUCGACGACGGCAGAGGAGAUCCGGACGUUCGGCACGGGGACGGGAUAUUCUCGGCCUAUUUCGUCAAUUUCACGAAGGUAACGCAGCGAUGGAUCGCCUACAAAUUCAAGGCCAAGAUCGGGGGAUCCCAGCAGUUCGUCGACGUGAUUUUAGACAGCAGGAAGGACUACGACACCGGACUCAUGAAACCCGACCCCAAUUCUCCGGUGCCUUACUGCUGCGGAAGCACGAUAGGAGACGCGAAGUGCGAAAGCGUGAGAGCAUUCACCGCAGAGGUCACCGGGAAGGUCCUGUCCGUCAAAUUCAACAGGAUCGACGGUGACAUGUUCCCACCGAGCAGGGUGACCGACUUGACCGUCACCCGCGAUGGUGCCACCCUCGUCUUCACCUGGUCCGCCGCGGGUAACGACUACAAUUAUCGCCCCGUGGACGACUACGUCCUAAAUGGGACGGACGCGACGGGAAACUGGAUACGGGAAGAAACGGUGAAGCUGGACCUGGGAUCCACCAUGUACGGGGAUCCCCUCCGCUUCAACUACACGCUCGCAAGCCUCGGCAUCGAGGAGAGCGGGAGCUACUCCUUUCAGAUUCGGGCGACGGACGGAACGAAUCAAGGGCGGUUGUCCAACCGGGCCAACUUGCACCACCAGGUGGUGGACGGGAGGAUCGACUUGACCAAGGAGAAUCUGUUGGCCCUCAUUCUCUUCGCUGCGUUGGUUCCUCUGGCCCUCGCGGGCCUCGGCGUCUUCUUGUUCUUUUACUUCCGGAAAAGACGCGAAGGGCACAAGGCGGCAAAACCGGAUUCCACGUCGUUCCGAGCCGGGACGAAGGAACGACCGAACAUCGAAGGACGAAGAACGGGGGACGAUCUCAAUUUCAUCAGCGCCUCGGAAUACCAGCGGAGACGCCGGAGCGAAAGAAAUCCGGAACACGAAGAGCGGAACGAUUCGCCGUCGCUUUCCUCUAAGGAGAAGGGGUACACAGAGUCGUACGAGGCGAACCCGACCGUUUACGCGUACAGCAACCGCGGCUUCGACGGCGGCCACCGCGGCAGCGACUCGGAAACGGCAAGCUCAUCCGACGGCGGCUUCAAGAAUCGCUCGAAACGCUCCCCUGCCCCAUCCAGCGACCUCUACACAAUCCCCGUCCCCUACCGACCUCCCCCCGUCCCCAUCCGAACCGCCCCCGCCCCUCGCCCCAGAGCCAUCCAGACCAACCCCAACGUUCGUCCCUUCGACCUCAAGAGGGCUUCCAGUCUUUCCACGCUGGUCUGACCACGGCGACGUCCACGUCCGAAAGUGUGCUUUUCAAUAGUGGCAUCCACGUGGACGAUGAACUUGGGAUCGAUCUGUGAAUUCCCUGCGAUCCCAUUCCUUGAAAAAAAGCCGCACCGGUAAUCCUAAUAGUUGGGGCUCGUGCACCAAAGCAUCCUCAUUGGAAUGAAUAAACGGGAAGGGCGUGCAUUUCUCAAUAAACAGAUAUCUGCUUUCUUUGAA